UGGUACUGACUGAGGCUUUGAACGAAGCUGCUGUAUCACAACGCCGUGGUUUCGUGUCCGCUGCAGCUGAACUCUGGCCAACUGGACUUAUUCGAAUACUACUUCCUGAGGUGAAAGCCAUUGGCCGAUGUGUUUGCCUGGCCGGUCACGAGGAUAUGGCAGCCCUUGUCCGACGAGCCGCUCAAGAGGGCACUCCAAGGUUGAUGACCGACUCAUGGGAACCAAUUCCACCAUGUGAAAUACGCACUGAGCAGCAUUUGCUCAGUUAUCUGGCAGCGUUUCUUGGCCACUUCGGACCUCAACACAUCAUCAUCGACAUCCCUCUUCGACUGCUUCUGAAGUCACUGUCUGGGAAUUGGCCAACAACAGGGCAGGCUCUAGCAGAGUGGGCUACUAAGAGAUCUUAUCAAUUCAUAGUUAUGUUUGAAGUACUUUAUUUGGCAUCCAGUAUACGGCAUCGACGUAUUCUUGUGGAAGCUGUACAGACGAAGCAGAGCCUAGCUCAGCUCUCAUCCAAGUGUGUGUCCGAUUUUGAACAAGAGUUCGAUAAACAGGAUUGGAGAAACAUGUUCAAUUCCUCCGCGGACUACGUCUUUUCAAUUGAAGAGCGUUUACGGCAGUUAGCGAAUCGUAACGGUCAGUUUCGCUCUUGGGCAGAGUUCCAAACUCUCUCGAACAAACUCGAGCUCUUUCUUCGAGUGGCACAACAACAUCAUCGAGUCAUGAAGAAAGCAAUUGAUGAGUAUGGCCGAGAGAUGCUGAAGAUCCUUCAAACUCUGGACGUUAUGAUAUUUGCUGAUACGAACAAUGAAAACGUCAUGGUUUUCGCACCGGAUCAGAUACUCAAGGAUGUAGCUGCUGCUGGGGGAGGAAAUUCAUCUGGUGCAGCUUCUUCGAAAAUUGCCAUUGGGUCAGAUAUCAGCGUGAAAGGUAGCUUUGUCUUUCUAUCAACGAGUUUAGUUUAG